AUGUCCUAGCAAACAGUAUUCAAGAGUCCAAAGCAAAGACAAGCAACAUCAACACCAAACAGCAAUACAUAUUAUCUUAAUUCGUAAAGAAAAUUAAAGUAGCCUGUAAAUGUAUUUUAAGCUUCUUUACAACAAGCAGUCUAUAAUCAAUUUCAUAUAUCCAUUCAAGUUAAGUAUUAAAUUAAACACCGACUCUAAAUGAGAUUAAACGAUUUAAAAAGGAACAUAAUCAGAUUUAAACUAUACCUCCUUCUUUCAUGGAGCUCUAUGAUGAAUUUGAGAAUAAUUACAAAAUUGUUUAGAAAAUUAAAACUGAUCUCAAUAUCUCAAUUGAUUUAAAGUCAGAUGAUUAAACAUAAUAGAAUUAUAUUACAUCUCAGAAUUCAAUAAAGAAUCCCUCUUAAGCUGAAACAAAAAUUGCAAAUUUAUAGUUUUGUGAUAUUGAUUAAGAGUUGAAUUAGAGAUUACAUAUAAAUCGCUUUAAAUUUUAUUAUUUUCGAGCUUCUAUAUCGAAAUAAUAAUCUCCUCUAUUACUAACAAUUUAAUUUGAAAAUCAAAUAAAUUCUGCAUAAUAUAAAUUAUAUCUUUCUACUUAGCAUGAAUUUCCUACUAAAUUUAAUGCAGAACAUAAUCUCACUUCAAAUUUUUGUAAAAUCUAUACUAGUGGUCAUGAAAGUACAUUUCAAGAAAACUAUCUUUAUAUAACCUUUUAUACUGAAAUUGAUGUAAUAGUAAAAAUAAAAAUAAUAUUUGGUCGAGUUUAAUAAAAUAAAUCGCCUAAAAAAGAAAUAAUAAAGAAAGAAUAUCCCAAAUUUCCUGGUUUAAUAUCAAAUAUAAAAAUUGAUUUAAUAAAAAGGAAUCUUGAUACAAGUUAAUUUUAAUUGACAAAAAGAUCAGAUCUAUUAGCUGGAUUACUUGUAAAUAUUAUAUAUAUAUAUUUUAAUAGAGUGAAAGAGAAUAGAAAAGAAAAUAAGUACUUUAAAAAAAAUAGGAGAUAGUUUGUGAAUAAAAGAUAAAGUUAAAAACAUAAUAUAGUGCAUAAAUGUUAAGAAAUGAUUAUAGAUUAUUUGAAAAGAUUUAUAAAUUAAAACUAAAUAAAAAGAUUUAAGGAGAAUUAUUUUGGGCUUAACUUGUAAAUUUAAUUAAAUUUAUUGCUUAGCUUAAAACUAAAUUGAUAGUAUUAGAAUUUUCAUAAUAUUUAGGAAUUUAAAGGUAGAAUGAGUAUUAAAGCUAAUGGAAGAAUGAAAGCAUUAAAAUGUGGAUUAAAUUUAUUGAUUUAUAUUAGAAAGUUUGGACCAACACCAGAAAGAAGAUCAUUUUGUAAAAGUUUAUUAGCAAUACAAAUGUUUACUGCUUAGAUACGAUUCUUAAGAAAAAGAAAAGCUUAAACAAUUGCUACUUCUUUUAUUAAAGAAUGUAUUUCAAUUAUACAUUUAGGACAUAGAUUACUUAAGACUAGACAUUAUGGUAAUAAUAUAAAUUUAUUAAUUUAGUAAUAAUUUUAUAGAAUAAAUUCAGAUUCUUUUAAAGAUAAAAAAAAAAAUAUUAUGAGGAAUUCUGGUAAUUAGUAAAUAGAAAUUACAAAGAAAUUAUGAAGAGUUUAACACAAAAUAAUCAAAAAACAAGAAAUAGAUAUUAAAAAUAAAUGUAUGCAUUUCAAAUAGAUAAUCAAAUAAUGCAAUUCUAGAUUGAUAAUUAUUAUCAUAGACAAAAAUAGAUAUGGUUAGCAUUUAUACGUCAAAAGAUUCAUGAUAAAUAAUUAACUCUUUAUUUAAAUGAUAGAAAAAGCGAUGAGAUUAGAAAAGCCUUGAUUAAGUUUUAAGAACCUAAAUUGUUCCAACUUCCACAAAUUAAUGAAGUAGCUGAAAUAAUUGAGCUUUAUGCAAAAAAUAAAAAAAUGAUUUGA